AUGUUCUCGACCUUCACCGGCAGCUCCCGCCGUCCCCGGAACGUCAACUUAAGCGGCCAGACAGGGAACCCAUUCACAAACACCUCGUGGUCCCCGUCGUCGGCCUCGAAUUCUAACAAGAGUGUAUCGGAUGCCCAGGCCGAUCGUGAACGACGACAGACAGAACGCCAGCGCCUGAAAGCUGCCGGCAGCAUCCAGCGUACAUGGCGGGGUCAUAGAGAGAGGCAGAGGUUGGCUGAGCUCCGACGGACAAGCUUUGAUCAGCUCUUCGACCCCCGAACCCACAGUCUACCAUCCAAGAGGCUCCCUUCAGCUUUCAACCUGCUCCUCUCCUUCUUUACGGCUCGUCGAAAUGAUGAUAUCCAGCGUCUAGCGGCCUUUGUCCGAGACUGCCGUGCUGUUGACGUGUCUGAGAUCCCGCCACCUAAUGCGCACUCAUCACGCAUCCCCCGGUUCCUCCAUCUGCUCGUCGAAACAUUGAAUAGGGUUGUUCCAGAAGCUCCUGACGGUGCCCAAGAGCCGUUCGACAUGUUCGAACUGGCCGCUCGGAUUAUAACCGUAUACCCUGGCACAGUAUCAGAUUUCCUACGCGCACGCUCACACGGCAACCCAUAUAUUAACACCAAAAUAGAGCUCGAACCACAUGUUUACAAGGCCAUUGCCUUCCAGUUUCUUGCCGCCAAGGACUUGCAUAUUUUCGAGAGCAAUAUUUCCCGUUAUUCGACAAUCAUCGACCCCCAUAGACUUUCAUCCGUCAUAUUGGACUGUUAUACAGGCAACGCAGGUCCUGACAAUGAUAGUCUUCUCUGGCUGCUAGCCCAUUAUAUCCACUUCGGCUCCGCUUCGGGGGUUGGCCAACAUGUUCUUGACUACCUGGAAGCCCUUUACGUGCAGCUGGCUGCGCUGUCAACAGAAAUCAGCAUCCGCCUUCGACAGCCGGCCGAGCAACCACCAGAGUCGGCAUCGAAUGAUACAAGAGUGACACUCUUACACCCAUAUGUUAACCAGCAGCUUCUGUCACUGGUUGACGCAGAUGGGAUAUCCAAGCUUUUGCGAGGGCUGUCUCAUGAAGCCGUCACGGAAUCAGCAUCGCACAUGCGGCAGGGGACGAGUCUGUUUGCUGGUUAUACAUCAACUCUCUUGAUCUGCUUUCCGAAUCAAGCUGAUGAUAUACGAAUGAGACUAUUCCUGACAACUAUACCCACACCUGAAGGCGAGUUGCCCACAACCAAAUAUCUUUGGAACGACGUACGCCAGACUGUACUGUUUCGAAAGUUGGUGACGGAAUCGGAACGAGCUGUUGAUGUUCUACGCAAUUACGUCCACGGCCCUCCGAACUCGGCCAAGGGCACCUCGGAAGAGCGGGAGUGGCGCUCGAUCUUCAUGUUCCUUGAACUGUACAUAUUUGUCUUGCGACUCAGCGAUGAUGACGACUUUUUCAGUGGCAUGACUCCCAAGCUCCUGGACGAUGGCCAACCCCCUUCUCGUAUCAGGGCGUGCAGUCUCUCUCUAGAGGACCUGAAGCUCUUGACUACAUUUCUCAAAAACACAGCCUUUGCACUUCAUUACAAAGCCCGAGAAAUCACACCGAGACAUUUGGACCUCGAAACGUCACUCGUCAUCUCUCGCCUAGAUACAUACCUGGGCUCUGGUGUUCAGUCCUCGUCGUCAGCCUCUACGCCUUCUGCUACAGAACUAGCUGGAUCUACAAGGUUGAGCCUAGGUAGCCUGAAAGACCUUCUGACAAUGGCAAUGAAGAUGCUCUAUGAAAGAGACUCCCGAAAACAAUUUCUGCCCAGCGGUCACUGGUUGAUGACGGACAAGUUGGAGAGAGAGGAUUUCAUAGCAGCCGUCAUUGCGGAGGAUGAACGACAAAGGCAAGAGGACGCUACAGACAGUGAUGACGAUAGUGACGAAGAUGAAGUCGCACCUUCUGACUUCUUCCCCGGCAGCCGGAUGGGUCCUAGAGGGGGGUUGGUUGCCAACAGCCAAGCAACUGCCUAUGCCAGGGUGGAAAGGAUGAGGCAAAACCAGAAGCGACUUCAGAGAGAGCGUCGGUUGGCAGAGAUCGGACCGAAACUGGAGAUCCUGAAGAACAUGCCAUUCAUCGUGCCGUUUGAGACGCGUGUCAAGAUGUUCCGCCAAUUCAUCACACUGGAUCGUGUCCAGAGGGCAUCGAGACCCGGAAUGGAGGAUAGGGUCAUCAUGUCUUCGUUUGGGCCCAUUUUGGCGCCGGCCAAACACGAUGCGAAUAUACGAAGAGGCCAACUGUUCGAAGACGCUUUUGAGAACUUUUACAAGAUUGGAGAUGGACUGAAAGACCCAAUCAGCAUCACCUUUAUCGAUCAGUUUGGCACCCCUGAGGCCGGUAUCGAUGGAGGCGGUGUCACCAAGGAGUUCCUCACUAGUGUGACGGCCGAGGCUUUUAGCCCUGGUAAGGACGGUAUACAAAUGUUUACUUCGAGCGAGAAGGGGCUUCUAUAUCCCGAGCCUGCUGCAGUGGAUCAGCUUCGUGAGGUUCUGCACUCGGAGGGGCUUACGGAGUCGGAACCUCAAUGGCGAGAGGCGAUGACAACGCUACUCCGUCACUACGAGUUCCUGGGCCGUAUAGUGGGCAAGUGCCUCUACGAGGAGAUACUAGUCAACCUGUCGUUUGCUGGCUUCUUCCUCCUCCAGUGGCCCUCGACGGGGCCGGGACAAAGCAGCACGUAUAAGGGGAGCGUCAACGAUCUGAGGGACAUGGACGAGGACCUCUACAAGGGAAUGGUGAGGCUCAAGAACUACGCGGGCGACGUGUCAGAUCUGGGACUUGACUUCAGCAUCAACGACGAGAUUUCGCUGCCGAAUCAGCCCGUCAAGACAGUGACGAGGAACUUAGUUCCAAACGGUGAGAACGUCCCGGUAACCAACGACAACCGCUUGCUGUACAUCUCCUACGUGGCCCGCCAUCGCCUGGUGAACCAGCCGGCUCUCCAGACAUCAGCAUUCCUCCGAGGUCUCCGGCAGAUUAUCCGACCGUCGUGGCUGUCCAUGUUCAACCAGUCGGAGCUCCAGCGGCUGGUAGGGGGCGACUCGUCGGAGAUCGACCUCGAGGACCUCCGACGCAAUACUAUGUAUAGCGGUUUGUAUGUGAUUGGCGACGACAACAAGGAGCACCGGAGCAUCGAGCUGUUCUGGAAGGUCAUGAGGGGAUUCACGGACCAGGAGAAGCGCGAGGUGCUGAGGUUCGUCACCUCGACGCCCCGGGCGCCACUGCUCGGCUUCUCGCAGCUCAGGCCCUUGUUUACUAUACGGGAUAGCGUCUCUGGUCUAGAUAAGCUCCCGACGGCCAGUACCUGCGUCAACCUUCUCAAGCUGCCACCUUACAGAACGGAGGAGGUGAUGAGAGAGAAGCUCUUGUAUGCUAUCACAUCCGGGGCUGGAUUUGAUCUUAGCUAA